AUGGACUCCACUCCAGGAGAACUGAGUGGGAGCACAGAGGAUGCCACAGGAAGGAAAAAAUCAAGAUUUAAGUUCUUCAAAGAGCGCCUUUUUGGGCGUCUGAAGAAAAAGGAGACCGAAGGACGGAUGAAGCAAAGCCAGUCUACUGGUGAUGUUACUGCACACGAGGGUGGAAGAGGCGAGGAUGACUCAGAGGAUGAUUGUCACUAUCCAAAGGGUACAUUAAGCUCCAGGGCAUUGUCUCAUGAUAGCAUCUUCCUGGCUGAUCAGCUCCAGUCCUCACAGCCAACACGGGUUCUCUCACAGGAGAAUGUUCACACCAAGAUUAAAGCUCUGCAGUUGAAGCUCCAGAAACAGAACAUCCGACUGGCUCCUCCAGUGUUCAUUCCUGGAAAGCGGAUGGAAGACCCUGGAGCAACUUCUGAGGAUGAUGGCUUACCUCGUAGUCCUCCAGAAAUAUCCUUCCAAGAGGUAGCCAUGCAAAGCAGAGCCGCUAAGCAUCCUGAAGCAAAAAGCCAUCUCAGCCUGUUAAGUUUAGAAGGAACAGGUAGUGAAGAAGAAGUGCAGGGUGGUUUCUCACAACCCUCAUCAAGACCCCUUUCUCCGGUCCCCCAACUUUCACCUGCUGAGCUACCCUCUCCUGCUGUGGAUUUCACAAGCCCUGCCCAGUACAUCCCUUUGUUAGACAAUUCAGCUGCCCGUCAUCGUAUGUCCAUCAAGCCCAGGAAUAAACGAGCAAACACCAAAGCAACUAAGAAACCUAAUCUGUACCGUCCUCGGUCCAGCAGCACGAACAGCCUGGAUCAUCCACUUUCAGAGACAGAAGAGAAAGAGCAAAGUGUCACCCCUACUCAGAUUAUGCACCAUUACUCCUACGCUACUGAAGAUUCAACCCAUGCCGAGGAGCCUGUAUCACUGCCAUCCAGUGCACACUCACAAGAAGAUCCAAUGAAAUCGACACGGUUGGAUGGCAGGCCAUGGAGUCCACUGAACAGCAAUAGUGAAGCUCCAGAAGACUUCCACUAUGAGGACAGAACCAACAUCACUUCACCAGUGUCGUCUGAUGAGAUUAAAGCCCUGCAUUGCUCAAACCACACCAGAGAUUCUCUGGCAAAAGAACCUAUAUAUGACAACUAUAACACAAAUAAGAUUACUGUUUAUGAUGAGCAUCGACCCAGUACUCCUUUAAAAACCCUGUCCAUUUGUCCAGUAGAUAUUGCAUUUGAAUAUAGUGUUAUAAAAGAAAGAAUUGAUGAUAGCUUGGCAACCGGUAGCACAGAUCAAAUGGAAUCAGUGAAAGCAACCAUAGAUGUGGAUGUUUUUAAACCACCAGAGGCCAUAACUAGGCCACUUCCUGCACCACGCAUCAAAAAGCCAACUUUAUUGAACUUAAAUAGCGUUCCAUCUAAAGUAUUAACUAUGAAACCUAGCGAUCCUGAAAAAGAAGCAGGAACUCCAUCACCAAGAGAUGAUAAACCACUGAGACCAAGCUCGUUUCGUUUUAACAUUGCAUCUGCAAAACAUCGCUCCAAGACUCCGAGUGAUGAGAAUGUGGCUAAGCAGGAUGAAGAAAGCUCUGGUAGCACACAGAAGGGCCAAGCCUACAAUCACAGCCCAGUAGUACACGUGGAAAAAGCUGAAAACACAAAAUCCACUGAGCUUUGCAGAAAUUCUUCCUCAGCUCCAGAUAUAAGAGGCAGUUUAUGGAGAGAAGCAAUGUACCAGAAUGCCUCCAAGACAGGAAAUGGUGACAACCCUGAAAAGUCUGAAAACACAGAAAAUCUAAAAAGUGAGAUAGCUGAGGAAUCUGAGGACAGAAGAGGACUGUUUGGGGUUAAACUGAGAAGCACAUCCCUGUGCCUAAAGUAUCGCUCUGAGCUUCCCAAAUCAGAGGCCGAAAUAAAGCAGCACAGCCAGGAAGGCCAUCAUAUUGUAGCAGCAAAGGAUAAAGUUUCCAGUGACACUGAAGCAGUCAUUAAUGACAGAAAAUCAAAUGUUUCGACAAAUCCUGCACCACAAAGCUUAGACUCACAACAAGAUCCCGCUUUAGAUAAAGACAGUCAAACAGACAGCAGACCCGAACCAGCAUGGAGGAGUGUUGCUCGAGAGAAGGCUAAAGUCCAGUCCACUAAACCACCAGCUCAGCCAGUUACACCACCAAACUCAGCAUCUUUAUCAACACCUCCUCAAUCCUCCUCUACUCAACAACUAAAUUCAAAACCUUCCCUACAGCCUAGACCACACUUAGCACCCACCAGCAAACCCCAACCAGCUCAUCAAACAUCACAGCAAAUGCCACCCAAAGCAGCUCCAAGGGCAAUGGAAAGAUGGCCCAUGUCCAAUCAGAAAGAAGAAAAGUCUUCUGUGAGCCAAUCAUUACCCAGGGAUGAUUUAAUGGAUUUCAAGGGACAAUCAAAACCCGGAACCAAAAGUAACAGUCAAAUAGAGCCGGAUCAGCAGCCUUCAUCAGACAGAGCUCAGCCGACUUGGAUGGAACUUGCCAAGAGAAAAUCUCUUGCCUGGAGCGACAAGACCUUAGAUUCUAUGAAUUUUUAAUUAUCUAAAUAGGUUCAAAAUGCACAUGGACAGCCACCAGAAUACUUUUUUUUUUUGUAAAUACCGACUGGUUUAAAUAUGCUUGCUGUGCAGAAUUACUGUACUUAUCAAACAAUGAAAACUAAAAUACUUGAAAUCUACUGAAAACUAAAUCUUUUCUUUUUAGUUUGCAAUUUUAUAAGACUAAAACUUUAUUAAAAUUGGUUUACUUUAUAAUGAAAACAAAAAAAAAAAACACAUUUUAAUACCUUUAUAUAUUAUAGGCUUUGUGUAUCUCUCACAACUGGCUUAGAUAAUCAAAGAAAAAUAAUUAAAGUUUAGUCAGUAUUUAUUCUAAUUUUUUUUUUGUUUGCUGAUAAACAAAAACACAGCACGUUAUCAUCCGGUCUUUUUGCAUUGUUUUAUUACAGUUUCCUCCUGAUUGGAAAAUGUGCACAUC